GCGAACCCGAGCCGCCAAGCAUCCUUCUCUGUUCAGCAGCGCAGCCGAGCCGCAAUCGCAACCGAGCCGUCGCCGAGCUUCCAGCCGCGCCAGGAGAAUCGUCCAAGCCGAUCUGCGCAGCCGAGCGUCCGUCGGAGCAGCCGUCUCUCGCACGCCGAAGCCGAGUCGAAGCCGCCUCCGCGCGUCCGCAGCCAACCCGUCAGCCAGCCGAGUCGCGCCGCUUCGAUCCGACGCAAGCGCAGCCGAAACGCCAGUCGGUAGCCGUCGCCGAGCGAAGCCGCGGUAGCCGGACCACCAACAGCCGCCGCGCCGCCCGAAAUCCGGAAGCCGAAGCCUCGCGCGCAAGGGUCCGACCGAAGACCCGCCCCGCGACCCGAACCGACGCGCGCCACCUUCCGGAAACCCGACCCGCGCCCGCGUGCACCCGUGCGUGAGCCGCGCCCGCGUGUGAAGCCGCGCCGCGCGCUUUUGUGUAGCCGAGCCGCGUCUCCCCUGUUGCAAGCCGAGCCGCGUCUCCCCCUGUUGCAAGCCGAGCCGCACGCGAAAUCCCUGUACCGAGCCGAGCCGCGUCUGCCCAAGCCGAGCCGGUCCUGUCUUCUUCCAGCCGAGCCGCCAGGACUAAAUUGGCUCCAUCCACCUAUAUUUUGGUAAGCUAAUUAAUUAUUGUGGUCUUUCCGGUAAGACUCCAUGCUCGGACGUUAGUUAAAUUAAUUUGGAUCUAAAUUAAAUUAUUUUCCUCAAGGGACGUCUUGGACCAAGAAAUUACUGCAGCGCGGGAUUUCUUCAGUAGGGGCUCGAGCACUGCAACCUCCUUCUAGGUUAGGACUUCGUCGCUUGGAAAGCGUACUGCCUCGCCGUUAGGACUCGACAAGUAGAUCUCCAGGGAGAAUGCCGCCACGUAGAGGUACACGCCGAGGAGGUGGUAGGGGAGGCAGAGGAGCCGGUCGUGGCCAGCCGGAGGCGCCACCUGUUGCACCGGCAGUCGACCCAAACGCACCGGUCACCCAGGCGGAUCUCGCCGCGAUGGAGCAGCGUUAUCAGGACAUGCUGCAAGCUGCUUUGGCGCCUUUCCUUGCCGCCCAGCAGAACCAGGCCGCCCCUGUUCAGGCCGAGGCCGCCCCUGCUCAGGCCCAGGCCGCCCCUGUUCAGGCUCAGGCCGUCGCUCCUCCAGCCCCUGAGGAAGCUCAACCAGUACCAGUUCAACUGUCGACCGAGGCGAAACACUUACGGGAUUUCAGGAAGUAUAAUCCCAAGACCUUUGACGGAUCCAUGGACAACCCCACAAAGGCCCAAAUGUGGUUGACGUCCAUAGAGACUAUUUUCCGGUACAUGAAGUGCCCAGAAGACCAGAAGGUGCAGUGUGCCGUCUUCUUCUUGGAGGACAGGGGCACCGCCUGGUGGGAGACCGCGGAGAGAAUGCUAGGGGGCGAUGUAAGCAAAAUAACAUGGGAGCAGUUCAAGGAGAACUUCUAUGCUAAGUUUUUCUCCGCCAAUGUGAAGCACGCCAAGCUGCAAGAGUUCCUAAACUUGGAGCAAGGCGACAUGACGGUGGAGCAGUACGACGCCGAGUUCGAUAUGUUGUCCCGCUUUGCUCCCGAUAUGGUAAGGGACGAGGCUGCCAGGACGGAGAAAUUCGUUAGAGGACUCAGGCUAGACCUUCAGGGCAUUGUCAGAGCCCUCCGCCCAGCCACGCAUGCUGAUGCACUACGUAUAGCACUGGAUUUGAGCCUGCCUGAGAGAGCCGAUGCGUCUAAGGCUGCCGGCAGAGGGUCAGCCUUGGGACAGAAGAGGAAGGUUGAGACGCAGCCUGACGUAGUACCGCAGCGAACACUGAGGUCAGGAGGUGUCUUCCAGAGACACCGACGGGAGCUUGCAGCAGCCGGGAGGACUCUGAGAGAGCUACCCGCUUGUACUACCUGCGGGAGAGUCCACGGAGGUCGUUGCUUGGCUGGAAGUGGAGUCUGCUUCAGGUGCAGACAGCCGGGGCACACUGCUGAUAUGUGUCCUCGGAAACCCUUCGAGACGACACCGCCCCAGCCUUCUGCGGCCCAGCAGGGGAGAGUUUUCGCCACUACCCGGCAGGAGGCCGAGCGAGCUGGCACUGUGGUGACAGGUACGCUCCCAAUUUUGGGGCAUUAUGCUUUUGUGCUAUUUGACUCUGGGUCAUCCCACUCGUUUAUAUCCUCCGUUUUCGUUCAGCAUGUGGGUUUAGAGGUAGAGCCUUUGGGUAGUGUUUUGUCGGUUUCUACUCCAUCUGGGGAGGUCCUGUUAUCCAAAGAACAAAUAAAGGCAUGUCGGGUAGAGAUAGCGAAUCGUAUGUUAGACGUGACCUUACUAGUGUUAGACAUGCAGGAUUUUGAUGUGAUACUAGGCAUGGAUUGGCUGUCAGCCAACCAUGCCAAUAUAGACUGUUAUGGCAAGGAAGUUGUCUUCAACCCUCCCUCCGAGGCUAGUUUCAAAUUCAGGGGGGCAGGUAUGGUAUGUAUACCCAAGGUCAUCUCAGCCAUGAAGGCUAGUAAACUACUCAGCCAGGGUACUUGGGGUAUUUUGGCAAGCGUAGUGGAUGUGAGAGAGCCAGAAGUCUCCCUAUCUUCCGAACCAGUGGUAAGAGAGUACCCCGACGUUUUCCCAGACGAACUUCCAGGACUUCCGCCUCCCAGAGAAGUAGACUUCGCUAUCGAGUUAGAGCCGGGCACUGCCCCAAUCUCGAGGGCCCCUUACAGAAUGGCUCCAGCCGAGCUAAAGGAGUUGAAGGUCCAGUUACAGGAGUUGCUGGACAAAGGCUUCAUCCGGCCCAGUGUGUCGCCUUGGGGAGCCCCAGUUUUGUUCGUGAAGAAGAAGGAUGGGUCAAUGCGCCUUUGUAUUGACUACCGAGAGCUGAACAAGGUGACAGUCAAAAACCGCUACCCCUUGCCCAGGAUUGAUGACCUGUUCGAUCAGUUGCAGGGAGCCACCGUCUUCUCCAAGAUCGACCUGCGAUCAGGCUAUCACCAGUUGAGGAUUAGGGACGGUGACAUCCCCAAGACGGCCUUUCGAUCGAGGUACGGACAUUACGAAUUCGUUGUGAUGUCUUUCGGCUUGACUAACGCUCCUGCAGUAUUCAUGGAUCUGAUGAACAGGGUGUUUAAGGAGUUUCUAGACUCGUUCGUCAUAGUCUUCAUUGACGACAUCCUCAUUUACUCAAAAACUGAGGCUGAGCACGAGGAGCACUUACACCAAGUUUUGGAGACCCUUCGAGCCAACAAGUUGUAUGCCAAGUUCUCCAAGUGUGAAUUCUGGUUAAGGAAGGUGACGUUUCUUGGCCACGUGGUUUCCAGUGAGGGAGUUUCAGUAGAUCCCGCAAAGAUUGAAGCAGUGACCAACUGGACCCGACCGUCCACGGUUAGUGAAAUUCGAAGUUUUCUGGGCUUGGCAGGUUACUACAGGAGGUUCGUGGAAGACUUCUCACGUAUAGCCAGCCCGUUGACCCAGUUGACCAGGAAGGGAACCCCUUUUGUCUGGAGCCCAGCAUGCGAGAGGAGCUUUCAGGAGCUCAAACAGAAGCUAGUGACGGCACCGGUCCUGACAGUGCCCGAUGGUUCGGGAAACUUUGUAAUCUAUAGUGACGCCUCCAAGAAGGGACUGGGCUGUGUUCUGAUGCAGCAGGGUAAGGUAGUUGCUUAUGCCUCCCGCCAAUUGAAGAUCCAUGAGCAGAACUACCCUACCCAUGACUUGGAGUUGGCAGCUGUAGUCUUUGCACUGAAGAUAUGGAGGCACUAUCUGUACGGUGAGAAGAUUCAGAUUUACACCGAUCAUAAGAGCCUGAAGUACUUCUUCACACAGAAGGAGUUGAACAUGAGGCAGAGGAGGUAG